GCUUGGUGAGGAGGUUUCGAAGCAGUUCCCGGUAAUCCACGGCCUGCUCAACAACGCAGGUACUUUUGCGGGGGACUACACUGGCACACGGAAGGUCACGGCUGAGGGUAACGAGUAUUCGCUUGCUGUGAACGUCCUUGCCCCCUUCUUGCUCACCUCCCUGCUGCUGGAAAACGUCCGGGCAUCAGGGGCAGGCCGGGUCCUGAUUACUUCCUCGAUUUCCGCUGGCUCUCGGGAUGCUUUGUCCGACUUGCAAUGCGAGAAGCACUGGUCCGACCACCGGGCCUACGAGCUAAGCAAGCUUUGUGAUGCCAUGAUCACCAUGGAGCUCGAUGCGCGCUACGGGGAUCCACCAAGGCUCAGCUUUCACACCAUGGAUCCAGGCACGGUGGACACGAAGAUGCUGAGAGCAGGAUGGGGCUUCGGUGGUGCAUCGGUGCGGUCGGCAACCACAUCCUUUGAGAUGCUCACACAGGACCGCUUCCAAACGAGCUCCGGUGAAGGGAAAGGCUAUUGCUGUGGCGAGAAGGAGGCGUCUCGCCGAAAACUCUGGGAUGAACUCGUGAAGCUUACAGAUGCCAAGUACCCAUGA